AUGGGUAAUGAGAUUUCUAAUGGAAGUCCAGGAGACCUGGAAUAAAUGAAAAGAUUCAUGAAUAUGUCACCAGGUUAAGUUAAAUUGAUAAAGUAAUUGAGUUAUACAAAUUGUAUUUUAGAGAGAAAUUUGAAUUGAUGGCAGAUGAGGAUCUCACUAUUGAUAGAAAUGGGUUUAUAUAAUUGAUGAAAUUGAAGGAGACUGAAGUAGAUAAAGUGUUUUAAUUUUUUGACAUCAGCAAUGAUGGUAGAAUUGACAGUCAUGAAUUUGUAUGUGCUUUAAGUCUUUUGAGUUAAGCUACCUUAAAGGUAUUUCUAGAAUUAUUAUAUCUAAGGAAAAAGCAAAUAUAAUAUUUUCCUUAUAUGAUUUUGAUCAUAACAAAACAAUAACUCGAAAUGAAUUAGUCAUUUUGAUUAAGACUACUUUAACAGCUUUAGGAGCCAUGUCAUAGAAAGGAGAAUGUACAAUCUAAGAGGCAGAGAGAAUCUCAGAUGAAUUGUUAAGGAAAUAUGAUACAAAUAAAGAUGCAUCAAUAUCUUUGUCUGAAUUUCAUAGGUAUGUUAAUAUUAAUUAAUUAUUUUGCAGUCUUCUAUCUAAAGAUUAAGAUGUACUUAAGAUGCUACUAUCUUAUGGAUUAUGCUCAGUUGAAGAUUUGAGAUCUGAUUUUGGAGGAGCCUAAUAAGGUGAUGUUCCUUAUCCAGAUUCUGAUUUGGAGAGUGAAACAUAGAGAAGAUUAUUGGCAUAUGAUUAAAAAAGAGAAAUGAGGAAAAUUGGAAUAGAAACUAAUCUUGAGGAGGACAAUAAUCAAUUAUAAUAAGAAUAUAAUUAGAAAGCUCAUAAGGUGACAAAUAAAGAAGUUUGGAAAAAUUAAGUAAAGAAUGGUUAACCAUCUUCUUGGAAACCAGGUAAAGGUGAUAUAAAUCCACCAAGUACAUUUAUGGAAUUAGAUUAUAUAUAUGGAUUUAGAAGUUUUGAUACUAGAAACAAUAUUAAAUUUGUUGAUUAAGAAUUAGUUUAUUUUACUGCUGCAGUUGGAGUGGUUUAUAAUCCAUAAACAAAUUAAUAAAGGUUCUUUUUUGAACAUACUGAUGAUAUUACAUGCAUAGAUGUUUAUGAUAAGUAUAUUGCAACAGGUUAGGCUGGAUCCAUUCCUCCAAUAUAUAUUUGGGAAGUUAAAGAUUAAAUAGAACCUUCUAGAGCUGCUUUUAAAGGAAUUUUACGUUAAGGAGUAUAAUGUUUAGCCUUUUCAAAUGAUGGCAAGAAAUUAGCUGCUGUAAGUAUGGAUGAUGAACAUACAUUGGUUGUUUAUGAUGUAGAUAAAGGAAUAGAUGCAAGAUUAAAAGGUGAUAUAUCAUAGGCUUUAUUAGCCACAGGUAAGGGUCCUAGAUCAUUUGUAUUUGAUAUUAAAUUUGAUAAAGUUGAUAAAUAUUUGAUUUUGGCAUGUAAGAAUGAAGUAUACUUUUGCAGUUAUGAUUAAAAUCAAAUAAGAUUGAAUCUAGGAAUAUGGGAUACAAAAACAUCACCAUUCUCAUCUGUAUUAUGCAUAGCAUUAUGCGAUAAUAAUGUGAUAACAGGUACAUAUAGAGGAUAGUUAUUGAUUUGGAAGAGCAAUAGAGCUACUACAGCAGUAGAUGCUCAUAAAAGUGCUGUUCUAGCAAUUCAUACUAAAAAAAGUUAGGAAGGAGGUGUAGUAUCAGGUAGUAAAGAUGGAACAAUUAUAGUAUGGGAUAUAAAUAUGAAAGCUAAAGAAAAGAUAAAUGUUCUCAAUUUAAAUUUAAAAAUAUUUAAUUUCAAAGUAUAAAGUGUUACAAUAGGACCAAAUGAUUAAGAGAAAUCUGUUCAUUUAGUAUUUGGAACAAGAGGAUCAGACAUGGUAGAAGUUCAAGGAUAAAAAAGUAAAGUUUUAAUGAGAGGACAUUCAGUUGGAGUAUUAAGAGGUUUAGCUAUACAUCCAAAAUUUCCUACUUUUUACACUAUUGGUGAAGAUAAUAUUUUAGCUUGUUGGUUGAUUAAAGAUAAGAAGAUGUCUAAUUGCAUGAAAUUAGAUUAUCCUAGUAGUGCUAUUCAUAUUAGCAAGGAUUAUAAAUAUUUGGCUGUAGGUAGUACUAAUGGAACUGUACUUAUUAUUGAUCCUAAAACAUUAAUGCCUACUUUUAAUUUUAAAGAUAGAGAUGCUGAAGUUUCAUGUCUUAAAUUUUCACCUGAUACUGAAUAAUUAGCAGUUGGUCAUGAUGCACCAAGUUGUGAUGUCAUUAUAUAUUCCAUAAAGAAUCAUUUUAAAAAGACAAAUGUAUUACGUGGUUCUCCUGCUAGAGUUAUUAGUAUUGAUUUUUCAUCUACAUGCAGAGUUUUAUAAAUUAAUGAUUGGAGUUAAUAAGUACUUUAUUAUGAAUUAGGAGGAGAAAAUAAUCAAAAAGUAUAACCUGAUGGAGCAUCUAAAUAUAAAGAUGAAAAAUGGGCAACAUAUACAGCCAUUUAUGGAUGGCAUGUUUUGGGAGUAUGGCCUCUUUUAUCAGCUGGUUGUGAUAUCAAUGCUGUAGAUAGAUCUAAUAAAGGAGAUAUUUUAGUUACAGCAGAUGAUUAUUCUGGAAUCAAGAUAUUUAGAUAUCCUGCUGCAUAACCAGGUUAAGGAUUUUAGAGAUAUGUGGGACAUGCUGCUCAUGUAACAAACAUUAGAUUUACAGCAGAUGAUGAAUAUAUCAUAUCUUUAGGAGGAGCAGAUAAAUCAAUUAUGUAAUGGAAAGUAUCACAUGAUAAAGAUGCUUAGAUAGAGUAAGAUUAAGCAUGUGAAUCUAUUUAAGAUGUUUAGAUAUCUAAGGAUUAUUAUAGACUCAAUUUAAAUGAAGAGGAGAAUAAAUAAGAAGGAUAGAAAUAAUAUUAAGCAUUUGUUAAAGCUACUUAACCAACUAAUUUUAAAUUUGAUGAGAAGAAAUAUAAUGUAUUGCCAUAAGGUAAUUUAACACUUGAUUAUGUUUUGGGUAUGAAAACAGAUUAAUUGGGUUAAGAUUAUUUUAAUGGAGUUAAAUUAUUAGACAAUGGUAAAAUAGCAUUCUCUUGUGGAGCUGUUGGUAUUGUUAUGGAUCCAAAUAUUCCUAUUGGAUAAUAAUAUUGUAAUUAGACUUAUUUCAGAUAUCAUUAGGAUGAAAUUACUUGUAUUGCUAUUCAUCCAAGAGGAAGAAUUGUUGCAACAGGAACUAAAGCUUUUGCUUUAAAUGAGAAAUAAUUAACAGCAAUAUGUGUUUGGGAAGCUGAAUCAAAGAAGGUUUUGUCAAUGUUAAAUGAUUUUCAUACUAAAAUGAUUUAUUGUUUAGAGUUUUCAUAUGAUGGUGUCUUUUUAUUAUCAUUUUCUUCAGAAUAUUCAAUAGCAAUUCAUGAUUGGCAAAUUGGAUAAUUGAUUAUUACUGUAAAGACUUUGAGAUCUAAUAUUUAUGGAAUUUGCAGUAAAUCAGCAAAUGAAUUUAUGUCUUGUGGAUAAAAAAGUGUUACAUUUUAUAAAAUGAAUGGCAGAAAUAUAAAAUGUUAUCCAGGUAUCUUAAAUAAUAAUCAAUUUGAACCUAUGUUAUGUUGUUGUGUUGCAUUUAAAGAUUCAUAUGAAAUUACAGGAUCUGAUAAUGGAAACAUCUUUCUUUGGAAGGAAAAUAAAAACAUUAAACAUUAUUAAGCUCAUAAAUCAAAAGUAAGUUCAUUAGUUGCUGUUGGAAAAACUUAAUUAUAUAGUAGUGGUUUAGAUGGAUAAAUUAAAUUAUGGGAAAUGAAUGGAAAUAAUUUAAAUAACAUUGCAACAGUUAUUGAUAUUACUGAAGCUCUUCAUUAGCCUAAAUAAAUUGGUAUUAUAUCAAUGGAUAUUAAGAAUGACUAUAUUAUAAUAGCAACAAAAUAAGCUCAAAUGUAUCAUGCUCCACUUAAAAAUGUAUAGAAUUUGAAAUUAUUACUUGAUUGUCAUUAUGGUGGAGAAGUUUGGGGAGUUGCAGCUAGUCGUAAUUCAUAAACCAUUAUUACUUGUGGAGGAGACAGUGUACUUCGUUAAUGGGAUAUCAAUUAAUAUACUUUGGUUAAGUGUUCAUCUCCAUUUGAAAAUGAUAUAAGGGCUGUGGAUUGGAGUGCUGAUGGUAAAUACAUAGUAGUAGGAGAUAUACGUGGAUGUAUUUAUUUAGUAGAACCCACAAAUAUGAAUAUUUUGGAUAAAAAGAAUUCUAAAGCAGGUUCUUUGAAAUAGAAUGCAUAAGGAAAAACAUUUUGGAUUGAGGAUAUUAAAUUUUCACCUGAUAGUACUAAAAUUGCAUUUGGUGCUCAUGGUACAUAAUCAUAAGUAGAAGUAUGGGAAAUAGAAGGAGGAAAAUUUAGUAAAUAAAGUUCAAUAAAUAUCUCAUUAAAUAGUAGUUUAAUUAAAUUAGAUUGGGCUAUGGAUUCUAUUCAUUUAGUAGUAAAUUCAUCAACUUAUGAAUUGAAAUUUGCAAAUGUUUAAUCUUUGAAAGAUGUUCCAGGACCUUAAGUUAAAGAAUUGGAUUGGUAUACAUGGACAUGUUUAUUUGGUUUUAAUGUAUAAGGUAUCUAUAAAAAGGAUGAAUAUUCAGUGACUGCAGUUUGUGUAGAUAAUUAAAAGUAGAUAUUGGCAACAGGAGAAUAUAAUGGUAUAAUAAAUUUGUAUUAAUAUCCUGCUGUUUGUUAAUUCAAUUAAAUUCAUAAAGAAUAUUUUGGACAUGCAAAUGCUAUUACAAGAAUGAGAUUCUCAUUUGAUGAUAGUAAAUUGAUUUCAACUAGUGGUAUGGAUAGGGGAAUAUUCAUAUGGAAAACAGAUUGGUCUAAAUCUUAAUAAUAGUUAAUGUUAUAAGAUGAAAAUGCUUAUGGAAAAUUGGAUGAGGAUAUUGAUGAUUUGGCUGCUUUAGCAGUUCCAUAAGAAAAAACAAGAAGACUAGGAUCUGAUAAAUAUGGAAAAGUGAGAAGAAGAGAUAAUCAAAUAGAAAAGAAUGAAGAUUAAUAGAAUAAUAAUGAAUAGAAUGAGAAAGGAGAUGAAUUCACUAUUAUUAGACCAUGGAUGGGAGCUGUCAAGGAACCUUCUAAUUAUUAUAAAGAUCCAUUAAACUAAAAUAAAUAGCCUUUAGUGGAAUUAACAUUAGAAUAUGUUCAUGGUUAUCGCAGUAAAGAUUGUAGAAAUAAUGUGAAAUACUUAAAGAGAGGAUAGAUUGUUUAUAAUGCAGCUGCAUUAGCAGUUGUUUUAGAUCCAAAUUCUAAUGCAAAUACCAAUUCAAAUUCACAAAGGUUUUUCAAUCACCAUACAGAAGAUGUAGUCUGUUUGGAUGUGUCAAAUGAUCAUCUAAAGGUUGCCACUGGAUAAUUAGGAGCUAAUCCUAUUAUAUAUAUUUGGGAAAGUAAUACUUAAGCAAUUAUCUGCUCAAUGAAAGGUUAUUUUACAAAAGGAAUCUUGCAAUUAGCAUUUAAUGAAUCAGGAGAUAAAUUAGCUGCUAUAGGAAUGGAUGAUUGUCAUUAAUUAUGUAUUUUUGACAUAGUAACUAAAUCUUAAACUGGAGGAACUUUGUUGGUUAGAGAUCAAAUUGGUAAGGAUAUUGUUACAAAUAUUAAAUGGAAAAAUGAUUAUGAAUUUGUUACAUGUGGAUUAAAUCAUCUAAAAUUCUGGAAAUUAGGACAUGGAGGUUUGAAUUUUAGUAAAGCCUAUCCUUAAAAACCUCUCUCAUAUAAAUAUUUAUGUGCAGCUGUCAAUAAUGAUGAUUAUUUAUUAGGUGGUGUAGAUGGAUCUUUAUAAAUUUAUUCUGGUGGCAAAUUUACUUCUUAUUUCUAAUAUUUAGAGGCUAAUAGAUCAUUAGAAGCAAUUGAUGUUUCCAAAGAUUUGUAAUUAUAUAUUUAUAAUAAUUAUUAGUAUUCUUAUUGGAGGAGCUGAUUCUAAGAUUGUAAUAAUAGAUUCCAAGACAUAUAAAUAAAUAUUAUCUUUUAAACUAUCUGAAUGUAUGAGAAAUUCAUUGGGUUUAGAAGUUAAAUCAAUUUAAUUAGGUUAUGAUUAAAAGACUUUACUUAUAUCAACUAAUGCUGGUGAUAUAGUUGAAUUAGUUACUAAAGAUGCCAAAAUCAAUAUAAAUUCUAAAUUUGCUGUUUCUAAGACUUUAAUGAAAUCUCAUUGUUCCCCAAAUAAAAGAUCUUUAAAUGAAAUUUGGGGUUUAGCUAUUAAUCCAUAAGAUUCUGAUUAAUAUUAUACUUGUGGAGAUGAUGGAACUUUAAGAUCUUGGUCAAUAAGUUAAAAAAAGAUGUUAAAUUGCAUCAAAACCAACCUUGAUUCUAAUGGAGUAGAAAUUAAACAAGAUGAAGUUGGUGAAUUACUUGAUAGUACAAAAGGUAGAUGUAUAGCUGUUUCUUUGGAUGGUAUUUCUAUUUGUGUUGGAUUUAAAGAUGGAACAUUUAGAGUAAUAUAUAAUUAAUUAACAUUAAGAUUUAUGAUAAAGAAUUUAAAUAAAAAUAUGUGAAUAGAUUAGCCAAAGAAUGGAUUAGUGAUAUUAAAUUUAGUCAUGAUUAAUCUUGGAUUGCAAUUGGAUCUCAUGAUAAUUCCAUAUAUAUUUAUAGUUUUCCAGAUAUGAAAUAACGUUACAAACCAUUAAAGAAACAUUCAAGUUAUAUUACUCAUAUUGAUUUUUCAAUAGAUGGAAAUCAUUUACAUAGCAAUUGUGGAGGGUAUAUAAUUAAUAAAUAUUUUAUAAAGAUAUGAAUUAUUGUUUUGGGAACUUCAAACUGGUAAAUAAUUACCAAAUGGAGCAAAUUAAUUAAGAGAUGAAAAAUGGCUGACUUGGACUACACCAUAUGGAUGGCCUGUUUAAGGAAUAUGGCCAGAUAUUUAAGAUGGUAGUGAUAUUAAUGCUGCUGUAAGAUCAAAUAAAACAUAUAAUGAAAAAGAUAAACCACCUGAUAAUUAUUAUUUAAUUGCAACUGGUGAUGAUAAUUCUUAAAUUAAAUUAUUUAGGUAUACUUUAUUUAUAUUAUUAUAGAUAUCCAUGUGUAAAGAAAGGAUCAUAAUAUAUAUUAGGAAGAGGACAUUCAUCACAUAUUACCAACAUUGCAUGGUCUAUGGAAGAUCAUUAUCUAUUUAGUAUUGGAGGUGAAGACAAUUCUAUUUUCUAAUGGAAAGUAAGUAAAUUGAGAUGA